CGUGUGACAACUUAUGACUUAUCUAGGGCAGGCAAUGAAAAUCAGUUGACAGAUAGCAAAACAGGGCUGCUACUAGAUGCGACAGGUCUUAUCCCCGUUGUGUGCAAACACUGCGGAGGUCUGAGGGCUCUGGAAAAGUACACUCGGCUUCGGUUCAGAAGUAGAAGAAGACCUACCAGGUACAGAAGGACCAAGGCCGCCACGAGGCGGACGAUCAGAAGGAGAAGAUCGCACAGGCGGCGCCGAUGAACGACAUCUGGGAGUCGGGAAGUCUGCUGUUACAGUCGAACCCGCACGUCUAGACCUUCGUCAUUAACACUUAAUCUCUACGUCAUUGAACACCCAGUAUACAUAACGAAACCUUGAUAAUCCUGCAAAAGACUACAAACCGAUCCUGAAGAACCUAGGACACGGAUAGAGGUCACGGCUACUCAGGUUUGUCAUUACUGAACCAUUACCUGUCCUCGCCGGGUACGAUCGGAAUUACAGCGCACUCUCGCCUAACUGCUUAUAAUCUCUAGGGUAAUGAAGACCUUGCGCAGCCAUGAACCAGUACCGGUACAAGGAAAAGCGAAGUGAAGGAGUCCUGUGAGUUGGAAGGAUUCCUAAACCCGUUUGGAGAACAAAGCACCAUGGACAUCCUGUGUUGGAUAGAAGAGUUGGUAUGCAACACGUGAGCCCACUCAACAAAUCCACUAAAGUUGGAAAUUUGGGAAGGAGCCCACCGAACUUCCUAGAACAGCUGGAUUUAUUAGCUUCACUCUAG